AUGUGUCUAUCUGCCAGCUGUUGUUUGGCCAGCUGUUGUUUGGCCAGCUGUUGUUUGGCCAGCUGUUGUUUGGCCAGCAGUUGUUUGGCCAGCUGUUGUUUGGCCAGCUGUUGUUUGGCCAGCUGUUGUUUGGCCAGCUGUUGUUUGGCCAGCUGUUGUUUGGCCAGCUGUUGUUUGGCCAGCUGUUGUUUGGCCAGCUGUUGUUUGGCCAGCUGUUGUUUGGCCAGCUGUUGUUUGGCCAGCUGUUGUUUGGCCAGCUGUUGUUUGGCCAGCUGUUGUUUGGCCAGCUGUUGUUUGGCCAGCUGUGUGUCACAUAUAUAUCCUGACAGCAGCUAA